AUUUGCCACUGGUUCCCUAUUACCCGUGGUGUUUAUUUACGAAUACGUGUUGUUGGAACCAGCGGAUGGGUUAUAGUCUCUCAUUCGUGCCGUUUUGCACCACAGUCAUGCGGAUAUGCUAAAAUUGGGCGGUCCCAUAGGGCUGUAUACAGCUCUAUGGGCGGUCCUCAUCUAGAUGUAGGCGGAGCUUACAGUCCAUUGCAAUAAAUAUUGACCGUUUUAGCCGAUUUUCGGCUAGAUUUGACAUAUAUUUUGGUGGAAAACCGAUCAAAUAUUAAAAAAAACAGUUAAAGAAUGCAAAGUUCUGCAGAUUUCUUUAGUAGUCUUUAAAAUUGUAGCCAAAAAAAGCAAUCAGCAGAUUUUUUUUAAAGGGUUCAUUACUUAAUUUAAGCAAUAUGCUCCAAUAUUAAGCGGUUGAUGAAGAAUGUACAAUUACUGCAGGCUAGAAAUGGAAGCAAAAUUGCAUCUUUAAGGAAAUUUAACGUGUUUUUCCAAAGGAUAUGUCAAAACAUGUAUUUAUCAGAUUGUGAGCAUAUUGUUUAUACUGUGUUUUGUGUAGUGUAAUUCAGGUUGAUUUCUUAGAUUUUGUUUAAUCUAGCAGAAUUUUGAAAUGCAUCUGGCAGAAUUUCGCGAUUUUCAUCUGGUCACCUACAGCAUAGCCUAAUGUACAUAAACAAACGGCGGUACAUGACGACUGUACGUUUAUACAGUACAAGAUCGGUACCGUACCCGUACCCACGUACGUGUAGCUAGCCAGUGGAGUCCGCCCGCGCGUCUGGCCAGCGAAAGAUGGCGGAGCCUAGUGAGAAGGAUGUCAACAAUGCCUUGAACCGCGAAAGAUAUCGUGAAAAGUGGCAUGACUACAAUUUACGAUCGCGAUAUUUGGACGAAUUGUCGACCCCAGUUGAUGUCAGCAAAUUACCUAGGUUAAAGCGGUCGCGCAGCGACAGAUACACAAGUAGAACUAGCGGCACUAGCACUAGUAGCAGCAACACCGGCAUGACCGGCAGCAGCAGUACUGCCAGUAGGCCUAGGCCUACGAACGCAGCUACCCAUCAAGGUGAUGGCAACGAUGUACCGCUUCAUGACGGCUCGGAAGAAAUUCGUUGUCAAUAUGGCCAUGGUGAAGUAGAGGUACUUGAGGCACCUGAAAUCUACCGUCAGUUGCUGUUAGAAACUAACUCCAUCUCCCCAUGUGAUGAGCACUUCACAAAGUUUCUACUGAAUAGAUACAAUUCUGAAAACCACUCAAUUGAGGGCAGCAGAUAUGUAAUGGUAACCAGGAGAGCUAUGUGCUUCAGUGGGACCUGGAAGUGGGCGUUCUACUGCUCCUGUGAUCCAGCAAGGAGUCAAGUGCUGCACUCUGCCUCAGAACAUGUCCAACAGAGCAGUCAAGAUUUACCGGGAUGUCUGCACAUCGACUGCCUUGCUGGUAUCCUGGUUAGAUUUGACGAAAAUGUUGGGAUAACAGCUCACCAUCAAAGCCAAGACCACAGCUAUGCACACGCAUCUGGCCUUGAAGAGGAUGUGCAAAUUCCUCCCAAUCUCAAUGAUGUGUGGCCUGUGUGUGGAAAUCCACGUGCUGCGGUCAUUGUUACGGAUCAAUCAUUUGCCGUCAUUGACAUCGUGGGCAAUGGGUUGAAGUGUUUGACAUGCAGGAGGGGCGAUUGUCAGCACAUCAGUAAGAUCAAGGAUAUUCUUGAGCAAGUGACAGAUUUGCCGGUCUUCUUAUUGGAGAUGUCUGCUCUUUUGGAGUCAACUUCUCUUAAAAGGAAAGCAGGAGCAGGAUCAGUGGCUUCCUGGAAGCGCAUUCCCUUUCAGCUUGAGAGCAUUCAUCUACAAGACAUGGUUGCCAAACCUGUUAUGCAACGGGGUUGUACAGUCAAUGGCAAUCUUCACCUGAUUCCCACACCAGGUGGUAUGUGCGCAUGCUGUCACGCAUCAUGGAGUAAUGACAUCUACCUGAAGGGUGAAUAUCCUGUUUUCACUCUACAGUCAAUUCAUCGAGCAUCAGUUUUCUUCAGGAAGUGCAGCAAUGAGAUGUGUGACUCUGAACUUCAAUAUGAUGGCUUGUCUGACUGCCUAUUCAACAUGACAACCUACUUGAUUGACCACUCCGUCCUGAGACAGUACAUGUACCAGUUUCUGUAUGGAAGAUCACCCAUGUUUGGAUUUUACAGUGUUUGGGUGCAAAUGCAGAAUGAUGCUGGACAUAGCUCUUUUGCAUCACAACUGCACUACAACAAGUUUGUAUGGGCAUGGUAUGGGUUCCUGCGUCUGCUGGACAUCGAUUACCACGAGCAGUUUAUCUGCAGGGAACAAACGUGUGGCGCACAGCCAGAUAUAAUCAUCUGUGAUGCUACCCACCUUUCCCUUCGCAAGGACCUAUCGCUGUGGAAGGACAAUGUGCCGAAGGCUACCAAAGAAGCAAAACAGUCGUCAAGCAGUGUUUACAGAAAAAGCAUCUUUCUGGUUGACACCCAAACAAGGAAGUUGUUAAAGAAGUUUGCCCGAUCGUCAGAGGCACAUCCGUUUCCUCCCAAUGACUUCCUGAUGCUUAUUGAUGGAUGCAAGGAACAUCAAGGCAGCCUACUCCCUUUUCUGAAUGAGCUGGGUUCAACUGGACAUGCAACAGCCCCACCUGCAACUUACAAACCGUUAUUGCAAGCUUUGUCUGCAACUUCUCCAGUUUGUGGACUGCUCCAUCCAGAGGCAGAGUUAUUAGAACUGUUGGAGAAGAUGGCUCAUGGAUUUUCCCCAAGAAAAGACUUAAAUGCUAUGGCUAUUCUCACAAACAAGUGUCCUAUAAUAGCUGACCUCAUUGCAUCGGAGCAAGUUCUUCCUGAAGUACUCUUUCCUGUCCUUUGUGAGCUGCUUCGUCUGGCAGUAGCCCCAUUUGAGCAGUCAACUUCUUCACAAUCUCCUGCUGCUGUUCAGGCUGAGAGAAGCACAGACCACCCACCACCAGACGACUUCGAUGGCAUGUGUUUUUGGCCCCAUUUCCCCCAACAACGGUUAAGGCCAAAAUAUGCAAUGGAUGGCUUGAAGACCACCAGGACCAGUUGCAGGAAGGAUUCCAAAAAUUACGGGAGAAUGACACCUGGAGUAUUUGCUGCUUUCUGUCCCCAUGGAAUCUGUUAUGGUUUCGAAAUUAUGAACCAGUUUGAAUCACCGAAUGUGCCCUUCACUUUGCUCCUCACACGAUUUGAGACACCUCCAAAGAUGAUUGUGUAUGACAACGCCUGUCAUCUUCAUGCCUACUGCCUAAAUCGGGAGCCUGGCAUGUUUAAGAAGACCAAGUUUCUUAUCGACAGACUACACUGGCCCAAUCAUACUGCCUGUUCCGUUGGGUACAAACUAGAUGGGUACUCAAAAUACAAGGCGAUAAACAGCCAAGUUGCCGAACAGAUGAACUCGUCACUCCAGCGCAUCAAGGUUCAGCUGUCAUAUAUGGCUCAAGACAAUUUUUUGUGGCACUGCAGAUUUUUUUUGUGGGGGAAGAACAUGAAAAAACAAAGCGUUCAUUAGAAUAUGAGAAGCAUAUCUGCACUUAAGUGUAUACAUGUUACUUGGUGGUUUUAGAAUCCAAGGGUGGUCAUAAAACCUAUAGGAGAAUGUUUAUUAUAUUGCUGUUUGUUUGUUGUGUUCUAUUGUAUUUUUAUUAGGUGUAAAUAGUCGAAUGGCUUAGACCCCAUUUUUUACAAGAUCGUGAACGACUGGUCCAAAGCACCAACGUGGCAGAUAGAUUGUUAUAGCCCUAGAGAAGAUAUUUUUAAGAAGUGGCACCUGAACAUCUUUUGGGAAGGGUGCCUGAUGUUCAUAAAUCAUCAACACUUGCCAUGUAAUAUGUGUUUUUUUUGCCAUGUUUGGGCAUAUUUGUAUUUUUUUUUUUUACUUUUUAAAAAGUAUAUUUUGGUGAUCGUCCUUACACACCCUACUUCAAUUACAUGUAAUGAAGCCCACAAGUGACUGAAUGAUAAUGUAAACAUGGUAAAGAUCUGAAAUGACUUCCAUUAUACUAGUUGGCUGCAUUUACCUCAGUUGUCUCCAGAGAUCAUCAAUUAGUCUUGCCAAAUCUCAGUGUUUAUGAGCUUCAAAUUCACCAAGUCGCUUACUGGCACAGUUACCCUAUUAAGACUUUAUGGGAAAUCAUGUAAACAAUGCUAAUAUUGUUAUAUAUAGCCCAAAAAGCAGAAACAGGGAAAAAAACUAUGUGUCCGUAAAUUAGGCAAAAAGGUAGGUGAAGGGUUGCUUAACAAGGGAAACCUGAACAAGUUCAAGGAAAUUCCCUAAAUUAUUGGUAAGAAAACGUUUUGACGUAGACCUAAUUAUUAAAAACAACAAUAAUGUCUUAUAUUGCGGAUUUCCUAGAACUUGUUCAGGUCUCCCACGUCAGGCAACCCUUCGCCUAAUUUUAGCACUAUUUACGGACACCUGAUUUUUCCCCCUUUCUUGUAGCUAAGUAUCAUGAUACUGUCCUCAAUCAUAUGAUUUAUUUUUGUGAGGGUAACAGUGCCAGUAAAUGACUUUGUGAAUUUGAAGCUUGUAAAUUCAAACUUUUGGCGAGACUUGUUGACGAUAUCCAAGGAAAAAGUGAAUGGGCACAACUUUAGGGUAUAAUAUUAGCCAUUUGGGAUCUUUAUUAUGUCCUCGUAUCAUCCAGUCUGUAGUAUGAUGCAGAAAACGUUAUUUAAGUAAGGAUAUGUACCAGUAAGUGGAAUCCCCAAAACAUACUUUUCACUAUAUGUGUAUUUAUAUACCCAAACAUUGCCAAAUAUGGGAAUAUAUUACACUGCAGGUACUAACCAUUAGCGAUUUAUGCAAUUUAAGCACCAUUCCCAAAAGAAUUUCAGGUGUCACCCCUUCUAAAUAUCUUAUGUUGGGGCUAUAAGAAUAGCCAACUUUAGUGGUUUGAACCAGUUGACACGAUUUCGACCUUAUGCCACCCAACUAAAACGUGUUACACUCGUAACCCUUUGAAAUAUCGAAUUGCACACUCACAAUGUAUACAUUCUCCCUUCAAAAAAAAAAAAAUGAUGCACACUCGGGUCCUCCCUAUGCUUAACCCUAGUCAUGUCGUUGGUUGCGCAAAACUUUUUUUUUUUAGCAUUUGAUGUUUGGGGGACGCCAAAUCAAAUUGCUUGGUGUGAUGCAUUUUGUUUGCGUGGUUUUCUUUAUUUUUUGUUUGUGUCAGACCUCUGUAUCAUGCCAUUUAUGGAAAGUGAAAAAAAGGAAAAUCAAAAAUCUGACGGUCAGUCUGGGGUGGGGGCUGGCAGUUGCCCCUCUGCUUGAUACAGUUGCUGUUGUUCUUGGGUUUGGCAUCUAAUCCUUUCAUUCCUUGAAGAACAUAUUUUGAGUAUGACAGGAUAAUUUUUCUUGAUAUUAGUUGUAAGUUUUACCAGACCUUUUUUGAACAAUAUGCACUGUUAAUGUCUGAUACAAUAUUUGAACAGCAUGGACUGUUAUUGUCUUGUUGUCCAUAAAGUAUUAUUCUCUUCCAGCACACACAUUUAGAUCAUUGUGAUGUGAUUUGUGAACAUGUAAUGAGGUUUAAAUAAAAUAAAAUAUGAA